CUGUCAGACUUGUUUUGUAGUUUAAGCCUAUUGUAAGCAAGUCAACCAUACACAAUUAUGUAAUCCUGUCUGGAUGGCUGUCUGGACUGAACUAGGUGCAAAAUUACGAAUUGUACCAUGAAAGUCUGGAAAGAUAAUUGAUAUUAAUAAACGAUUCGAUGAUUUGUCAGUAGACUUCAGGCUGUUAACAACGUCUGCAAUUCAGCAAAUCAGGCCUCCUGAGAGAAUAUCACGUAACGUCAUUAAUAUUCAUGAGCCAACCUCUCAGCAGCAGUAGGAUUCAAAGCCUGACUUGUCACUGCAAAUGAGAGGCUGUACAAAGGCGGGGCCUAGCCGACCGGGGAGGUGUGGCACGAAUGGACGGAUUUCAUCCCUCCCCGUCUUUUUGUAGUCAAGGAAGAAGAAAGAUGGCCCCUACAAAUGUACUGAGAUGCUGCCAGAGGGCUCUGGCAUGGAUACCGGUUAUAUUUAUUGCCUUAGUGGUGUGCUGGUCUUAUUAUGCUUACGUGGUGGAGCUGUGUAUAUUCACCAUUCCCAGCACUGGUGAAAAAAUCAUCUACCUGGUUGUCUUUCACCUGUCAUUCAUCAUGUUUGUGUGGUCUUACUGGAAAACAAUUUUUACAAGACCAGCCAACCCUUCCAAAGAGUUUUGUCUACCCAAAGCUGAGAAGGAGCAGUAUGAGAAGGAACAACGGCCAGAGACUCAGCAGGAGAUCUUGAAGAGAGUGGCCAGCAGUCUGCCCCUCUAUACCCACACUGCGGCUGGAGCUAUCCGUUACUGUGACCGCUGCCAAGUGAUCAAACCAGACAGAUGUCAUCAUUGUUCUGCAUGUGACAUGUGUGUUCUGAAGAUGGAUCAUCACUGUCCAUGGGUGAAUAACUGUGUGGGUUUCUCCAAUUACAAGUUCUUCAUUCUUUUCCUGACGUAUUCGCUUGUUUACUGCUUAUUCAUUGCAGCCUCUGUCCUCCAAUACUUCAUAAAGUUCUGGACAAGUGACCUGCCAGAGUCUCACGCCAAAUUCCAUGUCUUGUUUCUCUUUUUCGUGGCGGCCAUGUUCUGCAUCAGCAUUCUUUCACUCUUCACUUACCACUUGUGGCUUGUGGGAAAAAACAGGUCCACCAUAGAAGCGUUCAGAGCCCCGGUCUUCAGAAACGGCCCGGAUAAAAAUGGAUUCUCCCUAGGCUUUUGCAAGAACAUUGCUCAGGUGUUUGGGGACCAGAAAAAGUACUGGCUACUUCCUGUCUUUACAAGUCAGGGAGAUGGUCUCUCUUUUUCUACACCUUUGGUCACUAGUGAUCCAGAGCAGCCUAUUGAAUGUCUCCAGCCUGAUGGCUUGGCUAAAGGUGCUGUAGAUAGUUCUGAUGAGGAAUGCAACCCUUUAAGUGAAUCACAAAACCAUCUGCUCGGCAACGAUUACCACUGUGAAGAAGAUCACAAAGAGAUAGAUGUCUUAAAGUCAGAUAAAAGUGAGGCCAUCACUAUCUCCAUUGAGAGCGAGUCAUAGCCAGGACUCAAGCUGGGCAGGGGUGAGUCCUCCGUGCCUUUGACUCCCAGUACUGGGGACUGUUGAGGAGAAUCACAAUCAUCAAAACUGAUGCCUUAAACAGCUCUUUUCUCGGAAUGCUCCUUAACACUUUCCUACGUCAAUUGCUUGUGGAAAGACCCAAAUCACUCCAUUACAGUCUGUAAAAUUACUCUCAGUCCCCAUUCAGCUGUAGCAGCUGUACUUGCAUCCAUUUUUUGCACAGCAAACUGUUUCAUUGCUCAGGUCUACACAGAUCUACAAGACUUCUCAACAAUGCAUGAAAAUUGAGACAGAUAGAAUUUUUUUUUAACUCUCCCCUAUGUGUUUAAGAAAUGCACCAGUGCUGCUCCUCAGUCAACCCAAUGCAGCUGCCAAGGUCUUGCACCAACUGCUGUUUACGUGGAGGGCAAUGGAAAAACAGACAAAACACCGGCUCUGUUCUGGAUCUGUACAAAGUGAAAGGUCUAACUGAGCUGGACUGGAAUCCUUUGUGCCACAGAAUAAGUGUUGAUAGGUUCAGUUAAAGGGUUAAAGAACAUUGCAGAGCACAAGAUGGUGCAUUCACACUUUUUAAAGAGUUUCCCUUUUUAAAACUCCAUUCAAUUCUUUAUUAAAGAUAUAAACAGACAAGUUCGCAAAGUGCAACAGAGUGUGAUAAGGCAUUGGACGCCCACAGAAGACUGAAACAAUCCUUGUGUAUUCUUAAGCUGCUCCACUUGUAUGGUGACUUAUGUUUUUAUUAUUUUUUCAUUGUUCUGAGAUGAUUCUGGUGUGAAAUGUUGUGCACAUGUUGGCCACCUAACAUAUGCCAAAUAAAGGGCUUAAUACCAUAGCUCUGUGUUUACAAAAUGUUAGUAAUACCUCUCUGCUGUCACAGUGUGGCAAGUAUUACCUUGGAAACCAAAUGAAACUGCUGUGGUGUAAAGCCCACUAAUCUCUGUAGGUUCCUCCUGCAGUAUUAGAACUGGUGGCACUUACAUGACAGUAUAAAUACAGUAUCGCAGCAGAGUCAGUCAUCUUUGGUAUUGUAUCAUCAGACUAUAUAUUCAUCUAAUUUCUCAAUGCAUUGUGUUUGUCUUUAUAUUUCUAUACAUAAAUGUUGUUUAUAGCUGUUUUUGGAUUGUUUAAAUUCAGAAUAUCCUUUUUUUAAUUUUUUUUUUUAUUUAGCAAGUGCUUUGGUAAAGCAGUAAAAGUGAUUACUUUUGGUCCAGCCUGGAUCACGGUGUUAAAUAAUUGUGCCCGUCAGCCGUGACUGUUGCGUGAGCUUGUGUAAAUGAUGUUUGGAGAUCCAGAUGUGUAUCUAUGCGUUACGAAGUGAACCGCAGUGAUUGCUGCCUUGUGUGCUUGUUUGUUAUCUGAAGUAUAGAAGAGCUGCCUUGACAAAUCAAGAGAUGCAUGCAAGCAGGCACCAGUGUGUUGCUUUUGUAGAGUGUUUGAUGGAUUUGCUGUUGAACUUUAUAAAAAUCAGUGUCAACUGGUAAAGUGUCAAAUUACCUGUAAAACAGGUAAAUACAACAUUAAAAAGAGGAUAUGACAUCUCCCCACAUGAAACUGGAUUAAGAUUUCUGGGAAACUGGUAAGAUUUAAGUAUUACCAGAGUGGAGUGAGAGGGUGAUACCUCAUCCAAUAAUAAAAAUUCAUGCUCAAUGUGAGUCAAACCCUUAACACUUUGUUUAAUAAUUUUAUACCAUGACUUGCACCAUACAUAUAGAAUAUUAGCAUUAUAUUCAUGAUGUUAGCCAGAGGGGAACUGGCCCCACAGUGAGCCUGGCUUCUCCCAAGAUUAUUUUUCUCCAUUAACCAACAUCUUAUGGAGUUUUGUGUUCCUUGCCACAGUCACCUUCGGCUUGCUCACAGGGAUUCUAAAUACAAUUAUUAUUUAAUUACUUAUUUUUAAACACAAUUCACAAUCUUAUUUGAUCAAACUAUACAAUGAUGACUCUUAAGACAUUAUAGAUAUUACAGUUUAAUUUUCUGUUAAUGCAUGGUUUUCUGUAAAGCUGCUUUGAAAUGAUGUGUGUUGUAAAAGGUGCUAUACAAAUAAAAAUGACAACUUGACUUGAAUGCCUCAAUCACUAUUCACUUUCAUUGUUCAGAGAAAAAAGUUGCUACUAUGUGAAUGGUGACUGAGGUUAACAUUUUGACUAACUUCUCUUUUUGUGCUCCAUGGAAGAAUGAAAGUCAGUUGGAUUUAGAAUGACAUGAGGGUGAAUAAAUGAUGACAACAUUUUUAUUUUGAGUGACCUAUCCCUUUAAGCAGACAUUUGUGAUGUUUCAGUGCUGAGAAAAUCUUAAUUAUUGAAUUUACUUUGAGUUUGUAAAACAUGUAUUUAAUACAUCAACUUUGUUAGCACACUCUAAUCUCUUCUUGCUGCUGGUUACGAAGAUUGCAGCAAGUUACAGCUUUUUCUAGUCUAGCUGGUUUUUGUCUUGGUAAGGUCCCUGUGAUACAUAAUGCUCUUUUGAAAUGCCUUCUUAUAUGAAUUGAAAAUUGGUGCAUCUUUGUUCUGCCUCAAAGCAUAGCAUUAAAACCAUUCUUUUAUUUAUAGUCUUUUUAUUAAUUUUUGUCUUUUAUUUUUAAUAAAGCAAAAGUACAUAUGAAGCCAUAAUUAAAUUAUUAUAGAGGAACUGUUGCUGACUUUUUAUUUUAUUUUUUCCUUCUUAUUUUUAGUUUUCGGUUACCAUCCAAAUAAAAAAACUGAAGAACUUGUGUUUAAAUACAUGUCAAGAACAGUUACAUGUUUGAUCUACUGAUGUGCAAACUUGGAGGAUAUCAUUUUGUUUUUAAUUACAUCUUUUAAAAUAUGUAUGUUACAGAUAAUGUACAAAGAAUGACAUAUUUUUUAAUUUUAUCAUGGAUAUUUUGUGAAUAAUGUAUGCCUAUAUGUAACAUGUAACA